AUUAUUUUAAUAUGAUUUUUGCUGGAGAUUAGACAAAUGGGAGUAUAUUUGCUUUUAAAUAUAAUGAACAAACAAAAAUGUUUGAAUUAUUUAUGCAGUUUAAAGCAUUAAUAGAUUAGAUUAUAUUAGAUAUAUUUGUGACUCCACUAUCUAAAAUGCUAUUUAUUUCUGGCAUCUACUCAAGCAUAUUUUUUGAUAUGUCUCAGUGCUUAACUAAUAAAUAAUCAUGCCUAUCAUGUUCUCUAUAAUUUUAUUUUUCUAACAGCUAGACAUUAUAUAAUUAACAAAGCAGCUAUGGAUAGGGUUAGCUAGACUAUCCGUAUACAACUUAUUAAAGCAUGAUUUAGUCUUUUUUAAUA